CAAAGUUUAAAUUGUUCAUUCCAAAUUGUUCACCCAGUAAUUUUGAAGUUCCUGUUCAGUAAUAAAUGUAAAAAAAUUCAAUUCCGUUUUUUGCUUUUCUCACUUUUAAGCUGAUUUUUUAAAGGCUUUAAUAGAAAUAAAUUCUAAAUACAAACCAUACACUGAAAGCUGAGGUUGUUCUGAAAAAAGAAGAGUUACACACACUUUGUACUUUUUAUUACAAUUUUACAGCCACAAGAUUAAAAAAAAAAACCAGGUGGCCCUGUUAUAAUUAUGGUCAUAAGAGGGUCAUUAAGACGGCGAUGCACAAACAGGAAGUGAUUGGUAGUCAUUCCACUCCAAUCCAGUUGGUGGCGGUAAUGCACCAAAUGGUUGUUUGCCAAGUGCCAUAAGACCACAAAUAAUAAUAAGAAGAGAGGUGGGAGCGUUCGUAACAAACUCAAAGCGAUAGUCAAAACAUUAAGCAUGACAUGAAGUUAUCCUAGUGGCUCCAAUAAGAGAAAGAAGCUGCAUGUUUCAUAAAAGCUUUUAUUUUCACUUCUGAAAGUGACGUCGUUUCUCGAUAAACAUCAAAAGGAAGCAGAAAGGAAAGACAAUGGAAAAUGUUUAAAAGGAGGAAAACAAAGACCAAAAUGGAAAAUAGAAAAAAAAAACCAAAGGCAACAGCACAGGAGCACUGACAGGAAAAAGAAAGCAGAGCAAAUAUUGAAAGCACUCAAAAGGAGGGAAAAACAGGAAAAAAGAGGAGGACUAAUAAAAAGGGAAAAUAACUCAUGUCAGAAGAGGGGAGAGUUUCGCAAAUCCAGUUAAAGGUAAGAUUGUUGAAAAUUUUGUGUAAGGGGCCCCAUGUCUGUGUUCGCCUUGGGCCCCCAAAUUGCUAAAUCCGCCUCUGACCACGGACAAUUUUUUCACAUCAUUAGCCCUUGGAGAAGAGCUGCUCCGAAAUAAAAUGUGUCUUGUGGGAACAGUUAGGCGCAACAAGCCAGAGCUGCCACCACAGCUGCUCCAGAUGAGAAGCAGAGCGGUUCUGUCCUCCCUCUUCGCCGUCAUCUCCACCACCACCGCGGUGACCUACAUACCGAAGCGCAGACGGGACGUUCUGCUCCUCAGCACCAAACACCAUCGGGUUGAGAUCCAGGAGGGAUCGCAGCAGAAGCCGACUGUAAUCCUUGAUUACAACCACUGCAAAGGGGCUGUUGACAACUUGGACAAGCUCGUCGCAACAUACAGCUGCUGCAGAUGAGAAGCAGAGCGGUUCUGUCCUCCCUCUUCGCCUUCACCUACUCCACCACCGCGGUGAACUACAUACCGAAGCGCAGGCUUGCAUGCACGCUUUGGCAGAAAAUAUGGACAGGCAGUGUGCGAGGAGCACUUAUCAGCUGAGUGCUUAACCCACAGCUGUUAGCUCACUCCCCUCUGUGUUUCUCUCUCUCUCUCUCUCUCUCUCUCUCUCUCUCUCUCUCUCUCUCUCUCUCUCUCUCUCUCUCUCUCUCUCUCUCUCUCACACACACACACACACACACACAUGCACACACGCACACUUUUUUUUGUUCAUGUGCUUUAAUAAAGUGUUCAACUGGCCAUCUUUGUAAGUGCAUUUUUUUGUGCUCAAAGGACUUUAACGUGUGUAUUUUAGAAAAUAUGACAUCAAACAAAAACUACAAAGUGAGAAAAAAAUAUUUUUACGCCUAUUUGUGACACUCCAAGGCUGUGACAACUUACCCACAAAAGAGGUCAUCUGGACAUAACACACAAAAAAUGAUUUGAUUUUUUCAUUUUUUGUAGUUCUAUUUCGUCUAGUCUUAGCCCUUAAGCUAGCUGCUAUUGGAAGGAUGAUCUCCGCAUCAGCCAGUCAUGAAGAGCUAAAAUGUACGCCCACCAAUAGUGGGCCCCCUCGUGGUAUAUAACCGCAGUGACCACACUGCUCACCUCCUUUUUCUCUUCAUGCCAAGCUUGAGAGCUUUAUUAAAGAGCAAAUAUUAUCCUAAAAAGAGCAACAUUAUCCGAAGACGACUUACCAGCCAUGUCCAGCGAUGCCAGACCCUGCCCGACCUGCCAGACGGGCUCCAUUUCCAGCGGUGACCUGCACGCUAAGUGUGAGGUCUGUCUCGGGGCUCACCACGCUGGCCUGGCCUUGACCCCGCAGGCCUCGUGCCCGUUCUGUGCCGCUCUGCCCGUGGCGGAGAAGAUUCGCCGGGUCGAGUACUUCACUCCCGCCGCCGACGAAGAAUUUCCGGUCGCUGACUCGUACCCGCUGGACAAGGCUUUGUAUUUCUUCGACGCCGGUCAGGAGCCGGCUGGCUUCAACCGGCUGGAUGACGUCACCGACAGCGAAAACUACGAUGAGGCGGCAUCCUUCCUAGACAUAACGGAGGUCGACGAGCUUCGCUCAGCGGGUCCUCCUGCCCCAGUGGCUUCUCGUUCCUCCCUGCCAGCAGUAAGAGCACUGCUCCAGGAGCUGCCCGCCAUAAUUUCUGCGGCAGCAGCCCGCAAGGGGCUAGCUGUGCCAGAACCGGCACCGCCUGAAGCGGAUGAUUUGGCGGGAAUUUUCGGGGCGACUCAGACACGCUGUCCAGACCCUAUCUGGCCGCGCUUCCCCGCUGCUAUGAGCUGCUGGUCUGCCGCCUUCUCCGAGCCUGCCAAGCUCAAGGCGCCAGUCUCCACGUAUGCGCCCAUCACCAAGGUCGAGGGGUUUUCCGACCAAGGCUGGCCGUCCGUUCCUCCGCUAGAGCCGGACUUGGCCUCGCUGUUCGGCGCCAAGAACCACCUCGCUGGCCCGUGAGCUUUUCCCACUUCAAAACAUGACCAGCUGCUAACGCGGCUCACCGACCGCGCACAUCAGUGUGCCUUUCAGACCGGCGCUGCAGCGAAUAACAUCGCCCUUCUUGCCUUCGGCGUCUCAAAGAUGAUGGAGGAGCUGGAAGCUCCCGAGGAGUCGAAAGCCGUCAUUACUAAGACUGCUGAUGCUAUCCUCAAUCUGUGUGCUGCUGUGCUCACCGGUUCUGCUCGCAUCGCUGCCUGGCAGACCCUCAUCCAGCGAGCGAUCUGGCUGAAGGCCCUGCCCUCUAUUCCGGAACAUCUGCAAAGGGAGAUGCUAGACGGCCCCAUCACCACCGAUGUUCUGUUUGGUCCCCAUCUUAGGGGCGUCAUUGAGCGGGCUCAGAAGAUGGCCGAACUAUCGGCUAUGGUGCGAGACCUGGUCCACCCUCGGUCAGCCUCGCACUCCGGCCGUUCAGCCAGAGGAUGGGACAAACGGCGCGGAAGCUUCAGACGUCCAGCUGCACCGCCCGCUCCACGGAACCGGCCUCCUGCUUCGGCUCCACAUCAGCGGGACCAGCGAGAUGGCUUACAACGGUUCCGGCGGGGCCAGCAGACACAGUCUUGGCAGUCCCAAGUGCAGGAGCCUCGCAGAAAGCAGCCACGGAAGUGACUCUUUGGGGGGAAU